GUUUAGACUCUGAAGAGGAACCGUGUUUCAUUUUAAUAAUGAUUCGGAAACGACAAAGAGCAGAUGGACCAAUGGCUUCUUAUUUAAGCAUGAUUGAAAGAGACAAAACGACCACAUCGACACCUCAGUCUACUUUCCAUUUGGACCUCUGGUUCUCCUUUACUUUGCAGAACUGGAUCCUGGACUUUGGGAGGCCUAUUGUAAUGAUAAUAUUACCUUUGGAAUGGUUUCCUCUGAACAAGCCCAGUGCUGGGGAUUACUUCCACAUGGCAUACAACGUCAUUACGCCGUUUCUCCUACUCAAGCUGAUUGAGCGAAGUCCUACCACGUUGCCACGGACAGCCGUCUAUCUAAGCAUCAUCACGUUUGUCAUGGGUGCCAGCAUCCACCUAGUGGGAGACUCUAUUAACCACCGUCUCAUCCUCAGCGGCUACCAGCUCCAUCUGUCGGUCCGAGAGAACCCCAUUAUAAAGGACCUGAAACCCACCUCACUGAUUGACUCGUUUGAGCUCCUCUAUUACUACGAUGAGCACCUAGGACAUUGCAUGUGGUACAUCCCAUUCUUCCUCAUCCUCUUCCUCUACUUCACUGGCUGCUUCACUAAGUCUAAGGAGGAGAAGAUCCCAUGGUCAGGUUUACUGCUGCUGGGUCCAAGUGCCGUCUACUACUGGUACCUAGUGACAGAGGGUCAGAUUUUCGUCCUGUACGUCUUCACCUUCUUCGCCAUGGCUGCCACGGUAAUGCGCCAGAAACAGAAAGGCUACGUGUUGGACAGCAAUGGUCGCUUCCUCCUCUACAACUUUAUUCUAACCCUGGGUUUGGUAAUUGUUUGGGUCAUAUAUUUGUGGAACGAUGCAGUGUUGAGGAAAAAAUACCCCGGCAUCAUCUAUGUCCCCGAACCGUGGUCGUACUACACGUUACAUAUCAAAGGCAGUUAGGGUACUGGGAUCAUUAAGCACAGAGAGCAAACGUUGGCUGUUUGAAUGAACUGAUAUUAUGUCCUUUUAUACUUGAUCCAGUGUUCAGAGAUUGGUUUACGUGAUUCUGCCUUGAAUGCUUAUUAAUUAAAUCCUGUUUUUUGUGAAUAAGUAUUAAUCUUUAUGCUUUGCUUAGUUGCUGUCAAGCAGUAGUGCAAGCGGGUGGGAACGACCUGUUCUGAAAUUGCAAAACUGGAGGAUUUAUGAUGUUUUAUGGCCUCUAUUAAGCCCUGUACUGUAUAGAUAAAGCGUCAUUCCAAAGGUA